AGGCCACGCGCUCUUCCGCCCAGUUUUCCGAUGCGCUUCGCCUCCGCUGAAAAUGGAGUUCUCGUAAAGCAGGUCUCUCAAACUUCCCUUGAAGAAUUCGCAUAUUUGGGAAUUCCUGUGAUACAGUUUAUUGGAAUCUAAGAACGCACUUACCGCCAGCCUUUCUGGGUACAUUGUGAACAUGUAAAAAAAGCGAGGGCUUUAUUUUCUUGCUGAAAUACGGCCGUAUGAAGUUGUCUAUGAAGGGAGUCGCUUUAUCGUUUCUUGUGGAUUUUCCAAACUCGCCUUUUCGGGAUUUGGGGAUUUUUGUCGGAUCAGGAUGAAGAGGACGUUGACUAUUUGCCCUCUGGAUGUGAUUUAUUGGGCAGAUCGUCUGAAAUAUUGGUUUCAUUGGUUUCAUACACCAUUCCCGAUAUGAAUUCAGUGUUUUGGCUUUUUGUGCAGCAUGCUCGACUGCACAUCUGAUCGGGUUUUAUCAAUAACGGCCUUUCCUGGUGAUAUAGUGGUGAACAUGGAAAUAUUUAUGCUUUAUUUCCCCGUCGUGAGUUUAAGCUCGAUGUUAUUUCCAGGUUUUGGAUCCCCGUGAGAAAAAAAUGAACGAAGAAUCAAAUCCAAACAGCGAUGAGAGUUAUGCACGUGUAAGAGCUGUGGUUAUGACCAGAGACGACUCCAGCGGCGGCUGGCUUCCUCUGGGCAGCGGAGGUCUCAGCUCCGUCACCGUCCACAGAAUAAACCGAACCGACGCUGAGCCCGACUUCCUCAUCCGCGGAGAGAGACUCCGAGACAAAGCGGUCGUCCUGGAUUGCAACAUAAACAGGGAUUUGGAGUAUAAUAAAGUCAACCCUAUCUUUCAUCACUGGAAGAUUGACAAUAAGAAAUUUGGGCUGACCUUCCAGAGCCCCGCGGACGCCCGAGCCUUCGACAGAGGAAUACGGAGGGCAAUGGAGGACCUGAAGCAAGGACAUCAGCAGUACGGUGAUCCAGAUCUUCCUGAAGAUCCAUCAGCACAGGUUAAGGAGCAGGAGUCGGUCUGUUCUCCAGUGAGAGAGCUCUUUACUCAUCGGGGUAUCGUAUCUACUGAACCAUUUCGUGGUUCUUAUGUACGAGCUCCACCCUUUGAUGAAGGUCUUACUGGCAACCACUGCUUCCUGGCCCCACAGGUUUCCUUCAACACCACACGUCACGUAAGCUUUCAGAUGGACGAUGAGGAGAUCGUUCGCAUCAACCCGCGCAAGGACGUUCUCAUUCGAGGUUACGAGGACUACCGACACCCCGUCCUUUGGAAGCGAGACUCGGAGCGUGCGGAUACAGACUUCACCACCACCUUCUCCAAGCUGGACGUGGGGAAGUGUGAGUAUUUGUACACGGAGGGCACGGUGUCUCACGGAGGCACCAAAGACUCCAUUAAGACCGAGCAGCCGUCCCCUCUGCCGAAGCGCAAGACGUCUCGCAGGCGUCGCGAGGACGGCGAGCGCUCUCGUUGCAUUUAUUGCCGUGAGAUGUUCAACCACGAGGACAACCGGCGGGGCCAAUGCCAAGACGCCCCGGACCCUAUUAGGCAGUGCAUCUACAAGGUGAGCUGCAUGCUGUGUGCCGAGAGCAUGCUCUACCACUGCAUGUCCGACUCGGAAGGGGAUUUCUCCGACCCGUGCUCCUGCGACACCAGCGAGGAGCAGUUCUGCGUGCGCUGGCUGGCCUUGCUGGGUCUGUCUCUGGUGGCGCCCUGCAUGUGCUGUUACCCUCUGCUGCGCGCCUGCCACCGCUGCGGGGAGGCGUGUCGCUGCUGCGGGGGCAAACACAAGGCCGCGGGGUGAGACCGGCCCUCAGAGAGCAUCCUUCGUGUUUUUCAUUCGCCCGAGUCGGGUGACGCCAACCUCGAUGCGCGAGGUUCGAUUGAAGUGGCUGUCCGUGGCCAUCGGGAUUCUGCGGAGCUCGCAACACGAGGAGGAAAGUCCUUCGGUAAACGGGAGAGAUGGCUUAAACGUUUAUUAACACACAAAUAAAACGACGUGAGACUGUCAGACAGUGUGUAACUAUGUAAAUGAGAUGUUGUACAGAGAUCAAAACUUUUUAACAAUUGUGCAUAAAAAUGAUAUACUGUAUGCUAAAAGGGAUUUUAGUUUUUGCUUUAUUGUGAAUUUGCAGUGAUUUUAAUGUGGCCUUUUCGUUUGACUUGAGCAAACGGCGACCGAUGGUACAGACACUAUAGAGUUAUUUACACACGUUAGAUUGGUGUUGUUGAAGGUAAUAUAGAUUUCACGUUCAAAAGCAGUUUGACAGUUAGGGUAUAUAUAUACAUAUAUUUUAGGAAUAUUCCUUCCCUAUUGAUUUAAUCUCUUUAAGGUAUUAAAAGUGCACUGUCCUGUUUUAGUAAAAUUUGAUUAUUGGUGUUUGUUGAAGGAGAUCCACAUGAAUUAAUCAAAGCACUUACAGUAGAAAGAAACGCAAUUUUGUGUCUCGUUUCGCUCCGCAGCAAGACAUCGAUCACAAACACUUUAAAACACACAAACAAAACUCUUCUUAAUAGAAACCCUUUUUAAUGUAACAUGUUUGUUCAUUUGUCUAAAACUGAUGCUGGAUCUGCAAAUAUAGCAGACAUCAGCACAUUUUAUUUUCUAUGCAAAUAUUCCCACAAACUCACACACACAAAAGCUUGGGUACAGAUUUUUGUGUAAAUAGUUCAGGCUAUAUUUAAGCAGUGAUUUGGUUGGACGAUAGAGAUAUUUUUGUUGUAUAUUGUGGUAUAAUUUGACAACAUUAUGUACAUAAGUCACCUUUUAAUAUUAUUUCACAUUGAAAAGUGGUGGAGGAUGUGGUGAUUUGAAUAGAGAUCCUUUUUAGUUUUGUAUACGGCUGUCAGAUAAAAGUAAAUUUGCUGACUUUGAUCCACUUUGGAAGCUUGUCUUACUGACGCUGCUAGAAACAAUCACUAAUUUUGCAUUGCAAGAAUAUAAUUCAGACUGUUAUAAUAUGAUCUAGUUCUCAAAUGUUGUUUUUAACUUGGAUUAUAUGUUUUCAUUGGUAUCGUCUGUGUUGAUGGUUUGUGUUGCUCUUCUUGCACCUGAAAUUGUAGAUUUCUCCGGUGAUGGCUUUUCUUUUGUAACUCUGUGCAUUUCGUUUAACGGUGUGCUGCUAACGUUUCGUUUCUAUCCUUCUUUCCUCUUCAUGCAAGUAUAUUUCUGAAAUCUAUAAUGUACAUGACUAUUUCUAGGUUAUGAAAUGGCAGCGGGUUGAGUUGUGUGACGGUUUGUUGGACAUCAGUUCAGUGCUUUGCUUGCAGUAGUGAUGUCGUGUUUUUGAUGAUUGCAGUAUCGGUCAGUGAUCUUCAUCUGCUUCUUCAUCCCUGAUAAAGUGCCUCACAUUAACACUCAGCUCUUCUUGCUUUAUUAUCUAAAGUAUGCGUAGGUACUUUUGUCAUGCUUUGAAAAUACUAAAUAUAUGAUGUAAUAUUUAUAGUUCAAAUGUAAUUCAUGUCAUAGUUGUAUUUUCUCUAUACAGAUGUAGCUUGUUACUUAUAUAAAUAUACAAUGUAAAUAUGCAUACAAAUGUUUUUAUGUUACACCAUGUACACUUACUACAUCAAUUAACAUUGCUGUAAUAAAAAGGAAAAUUUUAACUAGU